AUGUCGCGUUCUUUUGCAAACAAGCGUCUAAGCAAGAUCAAAGACCAUGUUCCGCCUGGCAUUGCGGUUGUGAAAUCCGACAGUCUGGAAGAAUGGCAGAUGGACAUCAAAGUUCUCGAUGACAACCCUCUUUACAAAGACCAGACAUACCGACUCAAGUUCACCUUCUCGGCCAAAUACCCCAUUGAGCCUCCCGAAGUCCAAUUUAUUACACUCCCACCAUCUUCCGAGACGCCCCGAGCUAUCCCUAUGCACCCCCACAUCUACAGCAACGGCAUCAUCUGUCUUGAUCUACUGGGCCAAUCAGGCUGGUCUCCCGUGCAGACUGUGGAGAGCGUCUGCAUGAGCCUCCAGAGUAUGUUAACCGCCAACACGAAAGACGAGCGGCCACCGGGUGAUCAUGAGUUCGUAAUGCACAACCGUCGACGGAUUCGAGAUAUCAAUUUCGUUUAUGAGGAUGAUAAUGUGUGA